UUCGUUCACUCCACUCGAAGCCAAUAGCAGCGCUUCACUGAUCGAUAGUGCUCUUGAUAAGGACUAAUCGAUCGCGUUAGCGUGCUCAUGGAUCAUUACCCGCCGCCGCCCGUGUACGCAAGCGCAUCGCCCACCCCGGGCAACGGCAACCUGGAGGCGAGCCACGUUGCCGUGUACCCGCCGCCGCCGCCGCCGGCGCUGGCGCGGGGCCUGCCCGUGAGCCACCAGCAGCUCGGCGGGGGCGCUCCGGGCAGGGACAGCUGCGAGGGCCAUGACCCGAGCGCGCUGCUCGUGGGGGCCACGCUGAUCACGAUGCUCGCCUUCCUGCUCGGCACCUUCAUCCCCGGCGGCUACUGGCAGCAGGACACGCCGGCGUGGAGCGGCGGCAAGCGGGUGGUCUACCGCGCCGGCGACCCCAUCAUGCGCGACCUGCACCGGCCGAGGUACUGGGUGUUCCGGGCGGCGAGCUGGGUCGGGGUCGCGAGCUCGAUGGUGCUCACGCUGAGCCUGCUCGUGCGGGCGGCCGCGGGCUCGCGCCACGUGCGCUGGUCCUUCGCCGUGGCCUACUCCAGCCUGCUGCUCACCUUCGCGGUGUCGCAGACCAAGACGCACCUGUCGCUGGACAUCAUCGUCUGGCUCGCCGUCCUCGCCGUCUCCUGGCUCAUCACCAGCAUCCGUGGGGAGAACCGCGCGCGCAUCAUCAAGCUGCUCUGCUGCAGCGGCGGCGACAAUUGAACAAUUUUGAAUCUUUUUAUGUGGUGAAAAUUUUCGUGCAAGCUGUGUGAUGUGGAUUGAAACUCUAUCCUUGCUUGAGCGUUGUACUACAUUUAUAGAUGGAUUGGCGUGCUUAGAGCCUUAGAUAAGUGUGUAACAAAUAAAAAGAGCUCAUGGGAAUUCUCUGGUUUUGCAAUUCCUCGAUUCAUAUA